AUGGCCGCAGGUGUAUUUGCCACAGUCGAAAAGUCUUUGCUCCACCACCGAGUAGUAGCCGCGAAAUCGUACAAGGCUCAACAUGGCAGGCUUGUCAAGAGACAUUGCGAACGAGAACUUCGAGCGUUGCGUGCCAUUCGCGCCAAUUCAGAACGCCAUGCUUGGGAACACCAUGUCAUUUACCUAUUGGACGUACAAAAGAACGCUUCAGAAUGCAACCUACUGUUUCCUUUUUACGACAAGACGCUCUUGGACUUUGUCAGUGGCUGCGAUCAAGGAUUUGCUUUCAAUGCAGUGUAUCAGUUGGCACAAGGAUUGGAUUUCUUGCAUAACCAGGGCAUCAUCCAUUGCGACCUAAGUCCAUCGAACGUACUUGUUGACUCGACAAACAACAAUCAUAUGGUCAUUGCGGAUUUUGGUUGUGCACAUUUCAUAAUGCAGCAUGUCACGGAUGAUUCAGCACCCAGCAACGACAUGGAAGAGCAAGACAAUGAAGAGAUUGGUACAUUGAUCUACAAAGCACCCGAGCAUCUUUUUGGAAGUCGGCUAUACGCUCCAUCAACAGAUAUAUGGUCACUUGGAAGCAUCUUUUGUCAUCUAUUACGUGGAGACCCUUUGUUUACUGGUGAAAGCGAUAUUGAACAAAUCGGCCAAAUUGUGAGGAUUUUGGGGCCACCACCCACCGUUGUGUUGGAUGAGGAAAUGUGUCGAUACCCUGAUGCUGACAAGCUUAUAUUCUUCGGUGACCCUGCCGACCACGACAGUGGCAGCAGCCAUUGCGAUGACGACGAUGAUAUAAUAUCUGAAGAAGACGACUCUUCAGAAUACGCUGAUCUGAUGGCAAUGAUAUCGGCACAACGUCAAGCAUAUGCAAACUUGUUAGCCGUGCCGUACGCGAGACCGUUAAUACAAGGAAUGCUCAAUUGGUCCGUCCGCAAUAGGCUCACUACAUCGGAGAUCUUCAGGUUAACGAAUGAUAGAGAGGAUAAUCAAAUUGAAGAAUGA